CUCCGCAUCACCUCGAUCUCAACGACCUUCCCUCGCCGCAUCACGCUAUCUCUCUGCUGCUCCACUCCGAUCCCAUCGCCUUCUCUUCCCCAAAUCCUCUCCCGUCCUUCAUCCUCUGUUUUCAGGGUUUCGGGUUGAUCAUGGAUUCCAUUUCCGUCUGCAAGCCAGCAUUCAAAACUCCUGGUUUGUUAUUGAGACCUGCUGGAGGGAUAAAAGGCUUGCAGUGCAGCUUUAUUGUAGGAUAUUCUCCAAACUUCUGCAAAGUAUGUACUCCCAAAAAAAUGACUAACCGUAUGACUUGGAGAUCAAAAAAUCAUGGCGGAGCUCUUAAUAUGACUUGCCAGAAUAGGAAGAUUCUUGUGGCAAAUAGAGGAGAAAUUGCAGUUAGGGUGAUCCGAACUGCACAUGAAAUGGGAAUACCUUGUGUAGCUGUGCACUCUACAAUAGAUCGGGAUGCUCUUCAUGUGCAGCUUGCAGAUGAGGCAGUCUGCAUUGGUGAAGCACCAAGCAGUCAGUCGUACUUGUUCAUUCCAAAUGUUUUAUCUGCUGCUGUUAGUCGUAAAUGUACCAUGUUGCAUCCUGGUUAUGGCUUCCUAGCUGAGAAUGCUGGUUUUGUUGACAUAUGCAAAGAGCAUGGAAUAAAUUUUAUUGGGCCCAAUCCUGACAGCAUUCGAGUAAUGGGUGAUAAAUCUACAGCUAGGGAAACAAUGAAGAAAGCAGGUGUCCCUACCGUACCUGGAAGCGAUGGACUCUUGCAGUCAACAGAGGAGGCAGUGAAGCUUGCCCAUGAAAUUGGCUUUCCUAUCAUGAUCAAGGCAACUGCUGGUGGUGGAGGGCGUGGAAUGCGUCUAGCUAAAGAACCUGAAGAGUUUGUGAAGUUGCUACAGCAAGCUAAGAGUGAGGCAGCAGCUGCAUUUGGAAAUGAUGGGGUUUAUUUGGAGAAGUGUAUCCAGAAUCCAAGGCACAUCGAGUUUCAGGUUCUUGCAGACAAAUUUGGAAAUGUUGUGCAUUUUGGAGAGCGUGAUUGCAGCAUUCAGAGAAGAAAUCAGAAGCUUCUCGAGGAAGCUCCUUCACCUGCUCUGACACCAGAACUACGGAAAGCUAUGGGUGAUGCAGCUGUAGCAGCUGCUUCGUCUAUAGGUUACAUUGGUGUUGGAACUGUUGAAUUUCUCUUGGAUGAAGGAGGUUCUUUCUACUUCAUGGAGAUGAACACCAGGAUUCAGGUAGAACAUCCUGUCACGGAAAUGAUUUCUUCAACUGAUUUGAUCGAGGAACAAAUUCGAGUGGCUCUUGGAGAGAGGCUGACGUACAAACAGGAAGAUAUUGUUCUUAGGGGACAUUCAAUUGAGUGUCGCAUUAAUGCAGAAGAUGCUUUCAAAGGAUUUCGUCCUGGGCCUGGGAAAAUAACCUCAUACUUGCCAUCUGGAGGUCCCUUUGUGAGAAUGGAUAGUCAUGUUUACCCAGGCUAUGUGGUUCCUCCAAGCUAUGACUCUCUACUUGGAAAGCUUAUCGUUUGGGCACCAACCAGAGAGAAAGCAAUAGAAAGAAUGAAAAGAGCCCUGAAUGACACUGUUAUCACAGGGGUUCCUACCACAAUUGAGUACCAUAAGCUAAUUCUUGACGUCGAGGACUUCAGAAACGGAAAGGUGGACACUGCAUUCAUACCCAAGCAUGAGAAUGAGUUGGCUGCACCCCAUAAAAUGAUCCUGUCUGCAUCCGAAAAGGAGCUUUCUCUAUUGAGCAAUUAAACUCAUGUCUGGUGCACACAUUCUUACUGGUAGAAGAUUUUGUCACCAGAAUAACCAUUUGAUCGUCUCUUCAAGCUUCUACCAAGAAUUUGCGAGGCAUUCUGCCUUCGAGGUAUUUUAAUCAAAAUAACUUGCAAAUUUGUGUCGGCGUAGUAUCAGCUGUAGAUUUUUUAUAGAUGUGGAUUCCCAGAUUGGUUUUUUUUUUUCUGGACUAAUUAUGAUUUGUUAAGCAUUGUGAUGAUACCACUCUCCGAUGUUUUAGUCAUGUCUUAGUAACUUGGAAA